AUAUUUGCAGCGUCACUAUCGACUGUGCAACACCGUAAAAGAGACGCUGCAGAGAUGUCCGCAGGUGCCGCGAAUAAUAACAGCGGUAAAGACUAUCGGAAUAGAGAUAUUCGGAAGAAAUUUGAAUUUAAGCAAUUACUCGGAACAGGAGCUUUCUCUGAAGUUCACCUCGUUGAAGAACGUGUUCCACCUAGUGAUGGAAUACCCUCUUUGUUCAAGUCGGCCGCAGUUAAAGUGAUAGACAAAAAGGGAAUUAAAGGAAAGGAAGAUGCAUUAGAAAACGAGAUAACGGUUCUGAGGAAGUUAAAACACCCAAAUAUCGUUCAACUUUUAGAUGUCUAUGAGGAUAAAAAAAGUGUUUAUUUAGUGAUGGAACUUGUUACUGGAGGCGAAUUGUUCGAUCGAAUCGUUGAAAAAGGAUCGUAUACUGAAAGAGAUGCUAGCAACCUAAUUCGACAAGUUCUCGAAGCUGUCGAUUUUAUGCAUAGCACAGGGAUAGUUCAUAGAGAUUUAAAGCCUGAAAACCUUCUAUAUGAGAACAAAACGGAAGAAUCGAAGAUAAUGAUAAGUGAUUUCGGUCUUUCAAGAUUUGAGGAUUCUGGUUGCAUGGCAACAGCCUGUGGAACUCCUGGAUAUGUUGCUCCAGAAGUGCUUGCUCAAAGACCUUAUGGGAAAGAGGUAGAUGUUUGGAGUAUUGGAGUUAUAGCUUAUAUACUCUUAUGCGGUUAUCCACCAUUUUACGACGAGAAUGACGCUGAAUUAUUCAGACAAAUUCUGAAGGCCGAGUAUGAAUUUGACGCCCCUUAUUGGGAUGAAAUCUCUGAUUCAGGUAAGUGUUCAGGAAGAGAAAAUAAUAAAUUGUAAAAAAAACAAAAAGGAGAAAAAUCCUACUGUAGACAAGAUUGACCUACAAACUAUUAAUUUUCUCUCCACCCUCUCUUCCCUUUUCUUCUCCCUAAUAGCCAUCACCUUAAAGUAUCAAUGAAUGUUUUUCAUAGAUGUUGCUUUUUUUUAUAUUAGUGUCGAUUUUUCUCUGUCAUUCUAUUUUUUUUUCUACUUUGCACUUACCAAUAUAGCCAAAGACUUCAUUCGACAUUUGAUGUGCAAAGAGCCUAAGAAACGCUAUACUUGCAAAGGAGCUCUAGAACAUCCCUGGAUAUCCGGAAAUGCUGCUGCAGAGAAGGAUAUUCAUAAAAUGGUUAGCGAACAACUGCAAAAGAAUUUCAAAUCCAAAUGGAAGGUAAUAUUUUCAUAUUAAACUGAAAUGUACGAAAUGGGAUUGUGUAAAUGAGGUAUAUACUUAGAAAAGGGGAAAAGUAUCGAUAGAUCUAUAUGUAACAUCAGAUGGCGACACUGAAUAGAUAGAAAAAAAUUUUCAAAAUUGGAGCGACAUCUGGUAAAGAAUUUGAGAAAACUGACUAGACAGAUACGUAAUUGCCGUCUACGGAAAGAUAUACAAGACGAUAGAGAAUAUUUUUUAAUCAAGUUUUCCCUUUUUUUAAAUGGAUUUAACAAAAGAGAAUUCAAUUUCGAUCUAUAAGCUUAAUCUUCUUUGGGAAGAGAACAAGUAGAAAAGAAUAAAAAAAGGGAGAGGGGGCAAAGGAUGACGAAAUCUAUUAUAUGAAUAUUUAUGAAAAGAACAAUAUGUAUAUUCUCCUUCCAUAGAACAUAUAGAAGUAGGCAAUAGAGUUCGAAAAAAAAUUCGUCUACAAUCAGGGUGCAUAUGUUAUUCCUAAUGCUUGUUAAAGGAAUCCAUUUAUUUAAUUAAUUAAGUCUUUUGGUAAUAGGGUAAUCUGUGCUUUUUUUUUAUAUCUACUGUCCUAAAAUAGUUUUUAUUCGUUCCAGCGAGUUUAUGCGGCAAUCUGUGCCACAAGAAGAAUGCAAAGAUUAGCUUUGGGAAGUGAUAAAAACGCUAGCGGAACAUCCGUUCUGGAAAAUACUGCAAAUUGAUUUUCAAAGGUUAAUUAGGCCAUCUACCGACGUUAUAUCAAUCUACUGCUGCUUCUCAGUGUUGUAUAAUAUUACAAAGAAAGAAAAUAACAAGAAUUUUCUGUCUUCCUUUGUACUCUUUGAAGAUUUUCUGCACUGAAACUUUUUUCACAAAGCAAUUAUUUAAAAAAAAUAGUUAAUAAUGAAAUAUUCGUGUGUACUGAUAAACGUGUUAAAGAGUAUACUGCAAUAUAUAUAUAUAUAUAUAUAUAUAUAUAUAUAUAUAUA